GGUGGCCAUCGCGUUGAUCGGUGCGCUGUUGCUGUUGCAUUCGCGGAUUGUGGGAUUUGUAUACAAGAAAAAUUACAUCUGGUGGCUGUGUAAUUGUUAAAAUUAUUUUGCUGGAAUCCGGCUCAAAUUUGUGUUUGAUCUUAAGGUCACCAAGUAAAUAAUAAAUAAGUGUAAAAUUCUCAGUCACCUACCAAUAUGUCUAAGAUUUGUGCCAUUCCCGGAUGCCCUUCGGAGGUCGAAAAAACGACGCUGUUUAGCAUCACUUCGACUCCUGCCCUAACUAAAUGGUGGCAAAAUUGUCCCUGGAACGGAAAUCGGUAUAUGGCUGACAAUAAAGAAGGAGUCAUUUCUAGUCGACCGAAGGUUCAGAUAUGUGUUGCCCACUUUCGGCCCAACGAAUUGGAUCGAUCCAAAUCGAUUCUUCGUAUAGCUGCUACUGCUGUUCCGACAAUUAACUUGCCCCAAAAUUUGAAAACUGAGUUCCCUGUUGAUGUGACCGGGACAGGUAAUCCAGUGUUGUUGUACUGUCGUUUCUGCGCUCGAAAACAGCACCAACCUAUCGAGAAUCAUCUUGAGAACCUGGUUGAAUCAGAAGAUCUGCUGCAGUUGUGUCUGGGCCGUGGGCGCUUCUUGGAAGGUUUUCCCAGUGGCGUUUGUGACCCUUGCCUGAAAAUUAUUCGAGUUUCUUCAUCCUUUAUACGAAAUUGCGAAAAGGCUCAGGAAAAACUGCAGAAAAUGUUUUUCGGAACCGCCCAACAACAAGCCGACUCAUUUCAAGAGGAAGAAGACGAGGAUGCACAAUCUUUCACAAUGCCAGAAGCUAUUGUAUCCCUCGAUGAAUACGAAGAACCCAGACUUAACAUUGCCAAAUCAGAUCUUGAAGAUCCUUUGGGAGAUGAUGAUGACGACGACGAUGAUUAUGACGGUUAUAAAGCGGAUUCGGAUAACGUAAAUUUAAUGCAUAACCUGCUUGCUCUCCCAGGCUCAAUCAAAUCGGAAUUGAUGCAACCAGUCGGGAAAACUACUAGUAGCGGUGAGGGCAGUUCUGCUAACUCUGAAGGCGAAAUUAAAUGCCUCGAGUGUAAUAGAACUUUCAAUCGAAAGCGUGCUCUCAAAGCCCACAUGGAAUCAUUGCACGAAGGAAGGGUCUUUACUUGUAAAAUUUGUGGCAAGUCUAUGGGAUGGCGGAAAACUUUGCAAAGACACAUGAAAAGUCACGAAGAAAAUUAUUACAAACACAAGUGUGAAAUUUGCGAUAAAAGCUUCAGCAGGCCCAGCCAUCUCAAACUACACAUGACAAAACACACAGGUGUUAAGGUGCGAUGUCCACUCUGUUCCUCCGGUUGCCGUUGCAACUACAAGCUUGUCGAGCACAUAGUAAAGAUACAUCAUAUGGACCAGGAAACCGCCAAGAUGUAUGCACAGCAAGCUGAAGUAUACUGAGCGAUAGCGGACAUUCCGGUAAGCACGAUUAUUUUCACGAUACCUUUUACAUUGUGUUUUUUAAAAAUCUUGAAGUUCUUGUAACUGAACAUAAAAUUGUCUAUUCGUUUCAAUUGAGCAGAACACUAUAUUCGCAAUCAAAUCCAUCUAAUUUAAAAAAUGUCAAAGAAAUAAUAAGCGUGCAAGUA